UGAAUUUAUUCAUUCCACUGUUAAGUCACAUCAACAUUUUGAAAGGGAUAACGUUGUUAUAGCAACAGAGCAAAAUUUUAUUGCGAACAGAAAGCAUAAAGCAUAAAACAGAAAAGAAAAGAGCUUCAGCAUGUCGAAAUUACAAUUUCAAAAAAACAAAAAGUCCCCGGGUGUCAUAGACCCGAACAAACACGCUGCCAAGCUCAAAGAAAUCGAAGAACGGAACGCGGAAGAGCUGGACAUGUUCUUUGGAUAUGAAGAAGAGGGCGAAGAAGAAUUCAGUGAAUUUGAAAAUGUGGAAAGCGAGUUCAGCUUAUCUGAAGGGGACCCAGCUGCGCAGAUUGGAAGAAUUGAUCUUUCAUUUCCCGAGACAAGGGAAGAGUUCCAAGACAGUCCCCAAUGCUAUCCACCAUCAUACUACACCUUAUCUCCAAAGGAGAGACUCCUCCUGCUCUAUGCCGAAAACUUUCGCAGGCAAUUCGUCUUGAACUAUCCCCGCCGUCGUGCCAUGGUGCUAGCCCUGCCUAACGAAUGUAAUGUACAGAAGUUCGUAUGCACCACAAUAAGGCCGACAGCAUUUGCUUACCCAGAGCUAAUAUCAAAUGUUGAAGAAAUUGCAAAGUUUGUUGCUGACUUUGUUCAAUAUGAACCAAUGGAAGAUGAAACCAAUUUGCCAACUCGCCUCAUAUCACCCGAUACCUUGCUUCGAAAACGACGUGGGAAUUCGUACGAAAUGGCAACACUGCUGGCAAGCAUGCUUAUUGGCGCUGGGCAUCCAGCUAUGGUUGUGUCAGGUGUUGCACGACAAGAAACUGUUCAUAACGAUCAGCGUAACCUGCCGUAUCCAUAUCCAAUCACAGCUGAAGAGAAUGUUGAAAAGGAGGAGGUUAAGGAAGAACAGCCCGCCAAGUACAAAUUGCGCGCUUUGCCGGACUUGGAAAGUCACCUGGAGGAAGAAAUGGCCGAGAUCCACAGACGAAGAGCCGAAGAGCAGAGUCGAAUAGAAAACGAGCUUCUGCGAAAGCAAAUGGCGGAUCAAGAGCUUGUGGCAGUCGAUCGCUAUCACUACCGUCGUGCUCACGCGUGGGUAGUGAUUAUUAAUAACGCACCCUGGAGCAUAAAGCCCAAAAUCACUUAUACUGACGUGAAUGGCGAUGUGGUAGAAGCCCCACCAACUGCAAUAUUUAUAGAGCCCUCGACGGGAUUCAUAUGCGAGUCAAGCUGCAAGCAAUACAUUUUGGUUGACUCCGCCUGGAAUCAGUACAAUUACUAUGUAAACAAGCAGUCUUAUCAGCGAGUCGGUGAUUUGCGCUGGGAUUUACGGGACAUUAAUGAUUGGGGGCACAUGCUGCCAGGCGAGCCACCAGAAAUGCGUAUUUACAAAAUGUCAUCAGAUGAAAACAUAACAGAUGGUGAUACUGAUAUAAAUGAGGAGAAGCACUUAGAUGCUAUUUGCAACUGGGUAAACAGGCUUCACAUCGGCUUCGCGGACUUUGAACAUCGAUUUCCGCACUCUGAAAAAAAGGUGCAAUAUAAUGGAGCCAUACACGAACGCUUCUCACCAUACUCCCAACGCGAUGGCAAGGUAAUGCAAUUGACGCUCUUUAAUGAUAAGAUGUGCACCAGUCCCAAAGUCCGUUACGAGCAUUAUAAGAACCGAUUUGACCUAAUGGAGCAGUUGAUAUAUACGUAUGAGAACGAUCAUUUCGAGGAGCGGUUUGCUAAAGGCCGUAAUGAUAGCUUGAAAUCUAUAGAGUAUUUCUCGGACUCAUCAUUACCCCGAAGAUUGAACUUUACUUCCACCUCUAGACUAGAUACAUUGGAAACAAUAGACUUAGUUCCUGGAAUGAUAGAACUAAAUUAUACUGGCCAAAGUGACAGGUGCUGCUACAGACAGUUUGAGUUUAAGGCAAAGGGCGGAGUGCUUAAAAAAGUCGUUGAAAAAUUUCAUCGUGCUGAAGAAGAUGACUUAGUAAAAAAUGACAUUGCAAGCCGAACCUUUUUGUUUAUGCAAAACAAAAUAAUAAUCAAAUUCCACUACACAUUUGGAGCCCUUACUGCUACUACAGUGGAGUUCACGAAACCACCGAAACCAGAUUAUGGAAUGGAAUUAGUUUACGAUGAGAAACUAACCAAAAUAUACAGGGCGAACCCAUUAGAUCCGAUACGGACUAAUCUGGAGCUAUAUAAAUUAUUACUGGACCAACUUCAAUCAGAGGAUCGUAUAAAGAAACAGUUUGAGAAAGUUCAGGAAGAUAUCAGCAACAUUUUCGACCUGCGAAAAUCGGAAAAGUCGGAGCCUAAACUUAAGUUCAGUUUAUUUGAUCCGUUACGUAAUGGAGCUGCCCGCGCUCUCCGAAUGCAACAGUUCAAAGAGGAACAGGAGGCUAAGCGUGAAUUAGCCAGUAAGCCAGCGGACUUUUUGGCACCCUAUUUGGUGCCAUUUAAAGAUCAGGAUGAACUGACUCAAGAGCAAUCUGUGGCUGCGUACCAUGCCUGCCUUAAUGAUCUCAAAUCUCGAUUUGUCACUCUACUUAACAAUUUACAAAGGCAAUACGAAGACCUAACAAGUGAGGCAAAAUCGCUAAAUCGAUUCUUAAACAAGUUCGAGAAUCAAUUUGACAAUUUCGACUAUAACCGUCUAGUACAGCAGGCUAAAGACUUGGAGCUUAGAAAGAGAAUGGUGCAACAGCGCCUAACCCUAACCCAUCAAGAAUCCCAGAAGAAGUAUGAAUGGGUUAAGGCUUCAUUGCAAAAAGAUCAUCGAUUGAAUUUGAAAAUGGAAGAAGAAAAAAAUUCUGACGACUAAAAAUUACGAUGAUAAAAUUGAAUUAAAA